AAAACCUUUUCCAUCAUUUAAGCUAAAACCAUAGGUACUCAGAGAGAAAACUGGUGGAACUAUUCUACUUUUAUUCAGCACUACACACUUCCCUUUGCUUCAUUAUUAAGUUAAAAGAAAGGGAAGUAAAUGCAGCGGGAAAGAUGGCAGGAAAACACUUCAUGUAAGCAAUUAAUUACUUCCUACUUGUUUUUAUUACUCUUUCAUUCAUCCUUAUUACCUACUUCUCUGUCACCUUGACUUCAUACUCAAAAGAGCUUCAUUUUUAUUAUCUCUAUUUUUUUUGUUUUCUUCCAUUUACUGAAGUGAAGUUUAGAAAGGUAGUGUGUGACUGUGUGAGACAAUGGCAAAGGAGAAAAUGCCGGCAAUCGGGAUCGAUCUCGGGACAACAAACUCAUGUGUGGCAGUUUGGCGUAAUGGUAAGGUGGAGAUUAUCACUAAUGAUCAAGGUAAUCGUACCACACCGUCUUAUGUUGCCUUCACAAAAAAAGAACGCUUAAUUGGUGAUGCUGCCAAGAACCAAGCUACUAUCAACUCUGCCAACACUAUAUUUGACGUGAAGAGGCUUAUAGGUAGGGGCUUCUAUGAUGAGGCUGUGCAGAAUGACAUCAAACUUUGGCCUUUCAAGGUUGUUCCUAGUAAUGAUGAGGAUAAGAAGCCUCUGAUUGUGGUCACCUAUAUGGGCAAAGAGAAGAAAUUUACUGCUGAAGAAAUUUCUGCUAUGGUCCUUUCGAAGAUUAAAGAAAUUGCAGAGGCCUAUCUUGGAGUAACAGUUAAGAAUGUUGUCGUCACUGUGCCAGCUUACUUCAACAAUUUGCAGAGACAAGCAACCAAGGAUGCUGGAGUUAUAGCUGGCUUGAAUAUCAUACGAAUCAUUAAUGAGCCAACAGCUGCUGCCAUUGCUUACGGCCUAGACAGAAAGGCAGCCACUGGCAAAACGAAUGUGAUGGUAUUUGAUCUUGGCGGGGGUACUUUAGAUGUCUCUUUGAUCACGAUUGAAAGUGAUGCAUUUGAAGUCAAAUCAGUUAGUGGAGACACUCAUUUAGGUGGUGAAGAUUUUGACAACAGAAUAGUGAAUUACUUUGUGAAUGAGAUUAAGAGAAAGCACCGUAAGGACAUCAGUGGGAACUCCAAGGCUAUUGGGAGGCUAAGAGCUGCUUGCGAGAAGGCAAAAAGGAUCCUUUCUUCUGCUGCUGUGACCAGUAUAGAUAUUGAUUGCCUUUUUGAAGGUAUUGAUUUCUCUUCAAGUUUCCCUCGUGCUCGGUUUGAAAAGUUGAGCUUUGAUCUGUGCAAGAGAUGUAUAGGUCCAGUUGAGAAAUGUUUGAAAGAUGCUAAAAUGGAAAAGAAAGACGUUGAUGAAAUUGUCUUAGUUGGUGGGUCAAGUAGGAUCCCUAAGAUUCAAGAAUUGCUGAGCAAGUUCUUUGAUGGGAAGCAGCUUUGCAAAAGUAUCAACCCGGAUGAGGCGGUUGCCCAUGGAGCUGCAGCUCAUGCUGCAAUCUUGAGCUGUGUAGAUAAUGAGGAUUACGUGCUUGUUGAUGUUACUCCAUUGUCUCUUGGCAUUGAAAAUCAUCGUGGAGAGAUGUCGGUCAUAAUCCCUAGGAACACUCCAAUUCCGGUAAUGAAAGUGAAGGAAUUUACAACAACAGAAGACAACCAAAGUGAAAUAACUUUCAAUGUUUAUGAAGGUGAGAAUCCCAUUGCCAACAAAAAUAACUUUUUGGGUGUAUUUGAACUCUCGGGAAUUCCUCCAGCACCCAAAGAAAAUCCUAAUAUAAAGGCGUGGUUUGAAAUUGAUGCUGAUAGUAUCAUGAAAUGUUAUGCCCAAGAUGAGGCUUCUGGCAGUAAGAAUGGAAUAACCAUUUCGUAUCAAACUGGGAAUUUGUCGAAGGAAGAUGUUGAAAGAAUGUUGAGAGAAGCUGAGAAGUAUAGGUACGAGGAUGAGCUAUGCAAGGUAAAGGUCCAAGCUAUGAAUGAGUUGGAAGAAUAUCUUGAGGACAUGAGGUACUUUCUUGAAGCUGAGAAGAGUAUUGUGCUUGAGGACAGGAAUAUGAUGGAAGAUGUCAUUGAGAAAACAGUACAAUGGAUGGAUUGGAAUUUCCUUCUUACAGAAAUUUCUAAGUUCAAGGACAAGCUGAAAGAGCUCAAGAGUGUCUGCGAACCCAUAGUCAAGAAGAUGGACAAACUGUGUGAUGCUGAGGCAGGCAUCACUAAUGUGGGAAAUGAUAUUGUCGAAGUUGAUUAAGCUUGAAUUCAGAUAACAACUUUGUUGAACAGGCUUGAAGAUCUAUCUCCAGUAUACGGUUACGAAUUCCAACCUGGUAAACUGGUUUCUAAUCUUUUGUUUACUUUUAAGAUGUUUUGUAUCUGAAAUCAUGCCUUUUUCCUGCUGUCUUACUCUUUGGAACAACAUUAUGCUGCCAGUGGCAGGGGAUUGUAAUAUUAUCCUACUCGAAACCUUGAAUUAACCUCCCUAAUUGUAUGAUUAUUCUGCAAGUAUGUACCAGAAUUAAUCUUGGUGAUCAUAUAUAAUGUUAGGUAGUUUCGGUUUGCUAGAUGUCUACUGUAUGUCCUGUAAAAAAUGAAUACUACUGCAUGACUUGAGUC